AUGAUAAAGCCAAGUAACUGGGAACCAUUUAAAAUAGUCUUGCAACGUCAAGUACCUAUCGAUGUCGGGAAGCCUAUACCAAUGACAGUUUUUCAAAAUAAACAUCCAAAAAACUGUGGUGAUCCAUGGAUAGGCGCCUAUUCAAAGCAUGGAUUUUGGUAUAAAUUUAGUUAUGGUACUCAAACAGAUUAUGAAAAGACAGUAGCGCUGUCGUUUGAAAGAGACGAAUAUUUUUUAAACUACGAGUCGUUUUCAACCUGGAAGAGCAUCUUUGAAAAGCAGAAUUUUCUGUAUAUUGUCGCCAAAAAUCUCAAAGAUGAUAUACUUGGCUCUGUGGCUUACGGUUGUUAUGACAGUUAUGCAGUAAUUGGUGUCUACUAUGUAACAGAAGAAUAUCGACAUUCCGGAAUUGGUGAAAAACUGUUUCGGGAAGUAUUGAAACGACUGUCUGGAAAAAGUGUAAUUUUUCAUUCAAUGUCACACCUCGCAAACAAAUGUGUUCGAUUUGGCUUAAGCAUUGCACCACCAAAAUGGCAAUUCAUUCACUAUACAUUACAGAAUCCGUCUGGAUACUUAGAUUUAAAAAACGAAAGUGAUAUAACUUUAAAAGCCUUCAAUGAUUUAUCUGCAUCUGAAACAUUUGCAUUAUACCGUUAUGAUAACGAACUUUGUGGUUAUCAUCGAGAAAGUUGGAUUGUUGAGUGGAUGAAACAUUGCAAUUCAGAAACAGUUGUAGCGUUGGAUUCUACUGUCAGGUGCUUCUUUAAGAAUAAUGUUGUCGGCUAUGGGCAUAUCCAAGAGGUUAGUGGUGGAUAUUUGAAGCGCUUACUGGUUGGACCGCUGUACGCCACCUCAGAAAAUAUUGUCAAAGCUCUAUUAUUUGAACUUUGCAAAAAGUAUUAUAAUCCUGACGAAGACUUUGAGUGGGAUCCAGACAUUUUUGCAAUCUACAGAAGAAACGUACAUUUUAUGAUACCAAAAAAUAACACUGCAAUGGUUGAAAUCCUCAAUGUGUUCAAAGGCGAGAACGGAAUUUUGAAAAGUGAACGUUUAUUUUAUGAGACGCACUGCUCUGAUUCUGUACCUACUGUAAAGUUGGGAGAUGUUUACGCUACCUCAGAUCUGCACUUGUCUAUAAUUUGA